AUGAUAUCGCGCAGGCGAUUGACGAGGGCGUCUGCCUGCUCGUCGGGGUACUGCGUGCCGGCGAACCAGAGGUGCUUCACGGCGGGGCGGCGGUCGAAGAAAAACUCGCCACUGGGAUACGUGAGGGCCUCGUCGGAGAUGGCGAGGUAG